CUCAUAUGAAAAUUAUUUGUAAUAAGAAUUGAUUAUUGGAAUUAUUGAGAUAAGAGAAUUUUGAAUUCAAACUAUUGAUUUGUUAAACAUAGUUCAAUUUAAGAGAUAUACAUUUAAAGGAGAUUUUUUUUCAGGAGGUAAAUUACAUAUGAGGAGAGUGAUUUUGAUGCAUUUAUAAGAGAAGUAAUGAAAGAGGUAGGUCUAGAUUUGAAAAAAAACUAAAAAUUUUAUAUAGGGUCUUCCUAAUAAUAUAGAAAUAAAGGAUGCUCCAAAAUAAUUUAAUUAAAUAUUGUUCUUAAUUACUAAGUAAUAUAUCAUUAGAAAUGGAUGCCAUUAACCUAUUUGUAUGAUUUGAAUGAUAAAAUUAGCGUAGAGAAUUGCACCUAAUCAUUCUUAUUUGAAACUUUUUUUUUUUGGAGAUUUUCAAAGAUGAUUGAUGAAAUAUUAAGAAACAUUGAUCAUUGUUUAUUUGCAUAGAUAGAUAUAUAAGGAAUGAAGAAUCAAUUAUUUGGAUUUCGUUUUAUAAUAUUUUCAUAAAUGAGUAAUUUAGUAUUAGGUUAUGAUGUGAAUAAAGGAGGACAGAGAAUAUUUUGGAGAUCUAAAAGAUUAGUUAAUUCAAUAGUACACAUUUAAUUGAAUUGA